AUGCACAACCGCUUGAGUCGCGCGGAGGAAGGCAAUGCGGCACUCAAUGCAAGAUGCCUAGCCAUGGCGGAGAGCCUGAGCAGGUGCUAUCAUGUAAGUCUAACGCCAUCUAUGCCUUCACUCCGUACCUUUGAAUUGAAUUUAUCAUUGAUUAUUUACGCAACCCAGUGGACACAUUCAAUAUCGCGCUUUUUGCAAGGUAUGAUUCCGGAUCGUGAAGGUCUCCUGUACAGAGAUGUAUCCAGCAUGCAGGCAGAACUGGAGAAACACCUCGACAGUGUGCGAGCCCUCGAGCAUCCCCCUGAUCCGUAUCUAUCAAUUCGACAGCCCUACGUCCCAACUGUAUCGAUUGAUCCAGGUCCACCUCUAUCUCCGCGUCAAAUGCCACAGGAAGACAGUCGUCGGCCUUCGGUGAUGGAUGCGACUAGACCUAAUAUGAUACGACCACCUGUUCCUUCACAUCUAGCUGUAUCGCCUCGUAGAUAUGGCUCAAUUGGCGCGGCAAAUUCUUCCCCAACUUAUAGCCGCCCGCAAGUCCCGACAGUCAUUCCCCCACAGCAGCCGGUGCCGCAUCCCCUUUCAUCCGUCUCCUCCCCGCCGGGUCCCAACUUGGCUCGCCGACAUACAUCUGCAGACAUUCGGCAGCAUGGCUGGCCCCCGCCUGGCGUGUCCCCAUUCCAGUCUGCUCAUCAGCCUGGUACAGCAACAGCCCCCUGGUCUCCGUCACCGCAUCGAACCCCGACUUCAAGUGACCAGCAGGUUCGAGAAGUUCUGGCCCAAUAUGAGAUGGGAGCACCACGACGCCUGCAGGAUACCUCGCGUCACGCUACCCCUCCUCUGAAUCCCGACCAAACAAACUCAGGACCUACCGCCGAUAGUAGUUGGACAUUGGGUCCGAGAUUCCCUCGGCAUGACACCUCUUUGCCUGCAACAAGACGGUCAAGUAUGGCUAGCAAUGUACAUUCCUUGCUAAAUCCAGCUGAUACCGCCGAAAGACCCGACGAGGAACAGCAUGCCACACUCGAGGAUCGAAAACGAAAGCGUCUGGAGUAA